GUUCCCACUUGUAACCAGGAGACACAGAGAGAUGAGCAUCUUAGCGAACGGUCAUUCCUGCGUUCCACCGGGCUUUCGCUUCCAUCCAACCGAGGAGGAGCUCUUGAACUAUUAUUUGAAGAAGAAGGUGGCUUGCGAGAAGAUAGACUUGGAUGUCAUACGUGACAUCGAUCUCAAUAAGAUAGAACCAUGGGACAUCCAAGACAACUGCAAAAUAGGGUCAGCCCCACAAAACGAAUGGUACUUCUUCAGUCACAAGGACAAGAAGUAUCCAACAGGCAUGCGCGCUAACCGAGCGACGGCAGCCGGGUUCUGGAAAGCCACUGGCCGUGAUAAGGUCAUCUACGCCGCCAGCUUCAAACGGAUUGGCAUGAGGAAGACACUGGUCUUUUACAAAGGCAGAGCCCCCCAUGGCUUGAGAUCCGACUGGAUCAUGCAUGAAUAUAGACUUGACCACCCCCUUUAUACCAACUCCUCUUCCAACGACUGUAGCCCUGCUGGUGAAACAGCACAGGAGGAAGGAUGGGUUGUUUGCCGCGUAUUCAAGAAGAGAACUUGUCAGACUUCCUUUAUUACUCCUCGUAGAAAUUUAUCUACUGCUAGCGACGCCAGGACCCUGACGUCGCAUUCAUGCAACGAUGAGGCCUUGGACCAAAUCCUACAGAACUUGGGAAGAUCUUGCAAGCAAGAAAGCAAUGCAAUCAUCAGCAUCAACACCAUGGAAGACAACAAGGGUUAUCUUAGGCCAGUUGAAACUGCCUUAGGUAACAUGAAAUUUCUCGCUAUGGAGAGUCCAAUUCUCCCACCACUGCCAGAUUUUGCACCAGAAGUUGAGCCUGCCGAUCCAAUCAUGGACAUGGACUGGACAUCACUGUACUACGAGAAUGUAUCCCACAGUGGAAGCUACUUGGAGGCACAGAAGCAGCUCCCCUACAUUGAUGACCCCAGCUUUGAGCUUCUCACUUCGAAUGGACAAUUCAGCAACUCGCAAGUCUAUCGCCUUGGAGUUGGUGACCCAUGGACUUUCAUGCCAUCGGUGCCAUCCGUUUCGGACCGCACCAGCUACAUGCCGAACGCGUGCUGUAACAUCACAACCCAAGAACUUGCUAGAAAUAUCUAAAAAGUGGAUAGAACUACGGUUCUUAUCAGUAUAGGCAUUAUUGCAAGAUAUGAAUCUGGUCACCCAACUUAAGUAUGUAGACCGUAAACAAGACAUGGGAGGAUAUGGGAAUGAUAUGGCAUUAUGGAAACCAUUAUAUCCCUGGAUCCUGUGUUCUCGUUCUCACUGAUGUUGUCGUCGGAAAAGAAAGUUCUGUUAAAGCUAAGAGUUAUUGGUCGCUUUUUGUGAGAGAAUUAUAUCAUAUCAUAUCAUA